AUGACAACAACGAUAAAUACAACAGUUGAAAAUUUAAUUACCAACAAACGAAAAUUUAUUUCAGAUGAUGAAGUAUAUCCUCCUUCUGCACGAGUUCUAUCGAUCACCAAUCAGGCAGAAUCAUGUUGUAAUACAAAAAAGAUUAAAUCUGUAGAAAUAGAACAAUUACCAUCGUCAAUAAUCGAAAUCGAUGAUAAUGACGAUAUGAUGAUAUGCGAGAAUUCGAAUCUCAAAGAAAAUGGUACUCAACAAGCUGAUAAUACAACAACAGAUAAGCCACGAGCUGUAUCAGUCCCACAACAUUGUAAUAGCAUUUUCAACGCUGAUGCAAGUCCGCCGACGUAUUUAAUUCGAUGCUAUUGUGAUCCAUAUCGACUAAACGCUUUUAUGCCCUACGAUUUGGAUAUAUAUUAA